UGAUAGACUGCUGCGUUUUUUCUUUAAGGAGCUGAGGGCAGUUAGUCAGUUGUCAACAGGCUGAGCGAGAAAACGAGCCGUUGAUACUACUUCGUACGUGGAACUGAUAACACAAACGUUACUGUACGUUAGUCUGUCGAGAAAAGCCUUACGACUAGUUACGGAAGUUACAUUUUUAAUCGGUGUAUCCAGGCAAAAAUGAAGUCCUCCGGACACAAAGCUCCUUAGCAUCAUGGACAUGUGAAACUUGACUCUGCAGUAGGCAGAUGCAAGUCCCAGGCUGGAUUGGAUGGCUCUGAGGAUACAAGACUGCGACUCAGUGGGAGUACUGCAAUGACUGGCCGGCAUCCUAGCCAUGCAGGGAGCGCUCACUCCACGGAAAAACAGCCAUCUGUCCCUUCCCCCAAGCUCCAUGUCCAGCGAUCGACAUCAAAAGAGAACAUCACCAUCCACUUCUCAGCUCUUGGGAAAGAGGAAGAGGAGGAGGAAGAAGAGCUGUACAGGACAACUGUCUCCACUACCUCAGCUGCUCAGGAUGACUCAAACAUUGUGACAGCCGUAGAAGCAAGUGAAGAGAUGUUUGAAUGCGUGCCAUUGGACUCUGCAGCCAAGGUUGCUGGCACGCCUGAAUCAUCCAGACUUUCUGCAGUUUCUAAACAUCACCCUAACCGUUCUCCCGCACAAACUCCGCCAUCGCAUAAUGCUGAGCAAAAAGGCUCAACUUACAAUUCUUCUCCCACUAAAUCUUUGAGCUUUCCCUCCAGUGACAAACCCUUCUUCAGCAUGAUGAAGUCUCUUUCCUCUGACAGUGAGUCUUGUGAAGGGAUCCCUGCUGCUCCUACAGUAAGGCAUAGGCACCUGAUGAAGACUCUUGUCAAAUCGUUAUCUUCAGAUACAUCCCAGGACUCGCCGUCCUCCUCUUCCUCUACACCCUUCCGUCUUCCAGAAUCCCGCCUUAACUUGCAACUCUUCAAGCAAUUCACACAGUCCCGGAUGCCUUCUGCUACCACGUCGUCAGCUGGUGAUUCCAAAACUGCACCUUCCUCUCCAUUAAUCUCAACUGAUACCCGCAGUUUCUUCAAAGUUUCAGAAGUCGAGGCAAAAAUUGAAGACACUAAGCGACGUUUCUCUGAGGCCAUCUCCGAACCGCUCCAACUACUGAGUAAGAUGAUUGAUGAAAAGAGUGGCAGCUUAGUUGGCAGCAGUAUUUACCGGCCCAAGGUCCUCUCUGCCAGUGCCUCAGAACUGUCCAACAUUACUUCUAUCAACGGGCACCUGGAGAGCAACAACAAUUACUGCAUCAAGGAGGAAGAAGGAGGUGACCUAGAGGCUGAGAGCCCCAGCUUCAGGGCUUCUGGUCCAGCUGAAUCAUCUGUUCCCCCCUCUGUUGACACUAAGAGCCCUAACAGAUCUCUACUUUCCAUGUCAUUGGACAAAUGCUCAAUGUCCGCUCUUGCUAAACAAGAUGAUGAGGACUUUUGCAUCCUGUACAGUGACGACUUUGAGACUUAUACUGAAACAGAAGGUGAUAGAACUGAUGAUACUGGAACUGGGAGUCAUACUAAAGAGCCACUAAGUGGUAGUACUGAACCAUGCAGUGAAGAUGAAUCGGAAAGUAUUGAGCCGGUACCAAGUGUGCCACACUAUACUCUCAUCAUCCUUACUGUACUGGUCUAUGGGUAUUUUGUAUUACCUCUCCCGAGUUACGUAGGAGGACUGCUACUUGGGGUUGGGCUGGGAUUCCUUUUAGCCAUUGGUGUUGUGUGGCUGACGGGACCGAAACCUUCUGACGGUGCUUUUAGACACUCCAGGCAUCAUGGGAAGCUGUGGAAUCUGACCAAGUUGGACAUUAAAGAACCAGAAAUCUAUAAGGGCUGGAUGAAUGAGAUAUCAAACUAUGACCCAGAGACGUACCAUGCCACCCUGACGCAGUCUGUGUAUGUCCGCUUGGAGGGCUCCAUCAUUCGUCUGUCCAAACCCAACCGUAACGUUGCCCGGCGUGCCACACACAAUGAACCUAAACACGAUGUCACCUACAUCAGUCAGAAGAUCUAUGACAUCACCAACAGCAAAGUAUAUCUAGCACCUCAGAGCCUGGCCAGGAAACGUAUAUGGAACAAAAAAUACCCCAUAUGCAUUGAACUUGGCAAACAGGAUGACUUCAUGUCAAAGGCUGAGGGUGACAAAUGUGAGGCCAGCGAGAGCAUCAACAGCAGGGACAGAGCAGCACAGGAGCGAGGGUGCUCGUCUUCCUCCAGCAGAGAGCUGACCCUGUAUCUGUUUGGAAGGACUGGGAGGGAGAAGGAGGAGUGGUUCCAGCGCGUUCUAGCAGCAUCCAAGCUAAAGGCGGACUUGAAGAAAGCUUCAAGUGUUUCAGCAAGUAAGAGUGCUCUGAGCUGUCACAGUCGCAGCAGCAGCCGCAGCAGUCUGGACGAGGUUCUGGCAUCUCAGCCCAGGUCGAAGGACUCCUCCGUCUCCUCAACAUCAGCAGGCAAUGCCAAAACCAAGCCGCUACUGGACUACACUGUGUACAUGGCCUCCUUACUGCCUGAACAGGCGGUAGUCAGCCCUGCAGCUGCCAGCCCUGCUCUGCAGAGCCCUCACAGCAGCCCUGGGGCUGAUAAGAAGCUUCAGAGCACCGCUUCAGCUCAGGUGCAGCCCCGGGAGGAGGAAAAGGAGGAGGCGACGGAGGAGGAUAAUGUUGCCUGGGUGAAUGCAGCUCUUGGUCGGGUCUUCUGGGAUUUCCUGAGCGAGCCCUACUGGGCUGAACUGGUCUCCAAGAAGAUUCAGAUGAAGCUGAGCAAGAUACGGUUGCCUUACUUCAUGAAUGACCUAACCCUGACAGAACUGGACAUGGGCUCGGCCACUCCCAGAAUCCUCGGGGCAUCCAAACCCUCCAUUGACUUCAGAGGUCUGUGGUUUGACCUGGAGAUUUCUUACAGUGGUUCCUUUCUGAUGACCCUGGAAACCAAGAUGAACCUCAUUCGCCUGGGCAAGGAGGGAGAAAGCGACCGCUUUGGGGAAUUUGGCAAAGAUGGGCCACGGACCUACUGCCUGGCUGAUAGUGAUGAGGAGUCGUCCAGCGCCGGCUCAUCAGAUGAGGAAGACUCCUCAGAGCUCUCGACUGACUCGGCCGGAGCAGAAGGUUUGGUUGGAGGCCACAAACCCAGCAAGAUCAUGCGCUUCGUGGACAAGAUCACCAAGUCCAAAUACUUCCUGAAGGCCACAGAAACAGAGUUCAUCAAAAAGAAAAUGGAGGAAGUGUCGAACACACCACUUCUGCUUACUGUGGAGGUGCAGGAACUCCGAGGAGUGCUGGCCGUCAACAUCCCCCCUCCACCCACCGACAGGUUAUGGUAUGGCUUCAGGAAGCCGCCUCACCUGGCGCUGAAGGCGCGGCCUAAGCUGGGAGAAAGAGUAGUGACUCUGGCUCACGUCACAGACUGGAUAGAGAAGAAACUGGACCAGGAAUUCCAGAAAAUCUUUGUAAUGCCAAACAUGGAUGAUGUAUGGCUGACUGUCAUGCACUCUGCCAUGGACCCACGGACAGCCGGCGGGCCCUUAGUCGGCCUCUCAGUGGACCCAGAGCCUUCCCAGCCAGAGAAGGACAGCACCUGAAGAUUGUUUACAGUAUUUCCUCGAGCUUGUGAAUGGCUCAAAAUGGGAACUGGAGCCAAAGUUGAUCAGCCAGACGCCACUGUAAUACAAAUCCAUUCCCGUGGUGAGUGGGUUAGAAGAAACCUUAUGAAUUUUAAAGAAAUAAGGUAGUCGACCAAGGAAACACUAAAGACAAACUGUCGCUUGCUGCUCUGAUCAGUAGUAUUCAUUGUGCCAGAGGAAGAGGGGAUUUGUCUUUGAAGGAUUUAUAUAACUUAUUGAUUAGGGACUGAUAUGUGAAGAGACUCAUGCUUGGCUCUGUUGGAUGAAGUUAAUAAGGAGAGUAUAUGGGGAUACAUACAGGAAGUCUAUAAUGUGCUUUAGCGCGUUGAUGUGGAAGCAUUCACCAGAUACCUUACAGCCUGCACAUGACACGUCUCUGCUGCGGCUAGAGAGUCAGAUGGUAACACGUUUAUUCUAGAAAUACAGUAAGAGGAGUUUUACAAAAUGACUAGAGGUGUUUCAUUGUGAAGGAUUAGUGUGCGAUGGAGUUUCCAUUGUUGAGAAUGAACAAAGUGUAAAGGGGCUGUCAGAGAAGCUCAGAUACUUGAUGUUUGAUUUCUUUACCGUGAAACAUUAAAACUUUGUGUCUUUAUGUCACUGUUUUUUGGUCAGGUGUUAAUAGUUAACAGUAUUUAUUUGUCCUGUGAACACACCCUGAACACCUCCCUUCAUUUGCCAAGACCCCUUUUUUUAUGCCAAUGAUGCCCUUAUUCAUGUCUAUGUGGAAAUAAGUGUCAUUCAAAAGUGACAUUCACUAUGUCAAUUCCAUACUAGUGACAAACACAAUAAGUACAAUGAUAGAAACUCAAGGUGAACUCGUGUGAUCUCGUAUAAAUAUUCUAUAUAAGUGUAUGUUUGAUAAGAAGUAUGAGAUCUCUAACAUGUUUAUUGAAUGUAUGUGUGGAUGGUUUUGGUUCCUAUUGUUAUUUUACAACAGCAGUUUUUACCCAGUCAAGUUUUGACUGUAGUUUGCAAAUGAUUGCACAAAUACAAGUUUUCUUUUAGUUUUCUUAUGACAAACAUCCCUCUAAGAGACAAGUGAGAAAAAACAAUAUUCUGGUGAUCCAUUUUCCAUGUCUGGUCUAAAAGAAAUUCUCUCCUGUGUUUAUGCCUUAAAAGCAUGUUUCUUCAGGAUAAUCUUUAUAAACUAUAAUUUUAACAGUCGGGGGGGAGAAGUUGUGCCACGUGAUUUUAUAAAUAAAUAAAGUUGUGCUAGGAUAAUUUAAAAUAAUCUAAUCUAAAUUGCUUUUUUUUCAUCCAUGAAAAAGGGUGAACAGUUUUUGGCACGUGGAAAGAAUGUUUUGUUAGAAUCACUUUUCUCAAUAUGUAAUUAAUUUCUCCACGCAUUCUUAACACGAGGUACAUUGGUGGAUGUACCUCGUGUUUAGAGUGCGUAGAGAAGUUUAAAACUCCCCUCGAAGAAAACAUGGACGCUUCUAGUACUAUUUAGAACAUGUAGCGGUACACUUUGGCCUAUGGUGGCUAAUAUUAGUAUUGCAAAAAACCUUAUUUUUCACCUGUUCUUAAAUCAUCAGGAGAGAAAAGGAUUCAGAUCAGACUUAGAAAAUGGAUCACCAGAAUUUCUUUUUCACCUUGCAUCUUUUUCCAGAUGUGUCAUUCAAUCGUAUGGUGGUGUAUUUAUCUGGACAUCAUUUCUACCUAAUUGUGUUAAUGAUUUAGUUGGAAGUUAAUUUAAAUGACCAACUUCAAUAUGUGACAGUGCUUUAAAAAGACUCUACCUGCCAUACUGUAUGUACAACAAUUGGAUAAAGUUAAGGUACGUACUGUAAAGUAGAGCAUCUAUUGCCAAGAAUGUAGCCUUACCUGCAGGUUCCCUUCCUGAGAAUCCCUUUUUAACCAGGUCAUGUUUCUAAUCAAACCAAAGUCCUUUGAAUAGGCCUGUAGUGCCAGAUCUCUCUGCUCAAAGCUGCACAUCCUGUAUGCAUAUAGAAUUGUGAGGUAAUAUUUACAAGUGCGCUACAAUACCUACAUUAACAUUGUUUACGGGAAGUCUUACCUUGUUGUAAUUGUUGCUCUCUUAGGAUACUAAAGCACUGUAACACGAAAUGGAUUGUCUUUCUCUUUAUGCCUUGGUUACUUUUUUGUUAAGUAUUUGUUUUUCAAUGACUACACAAGGUGGGUUAUGGUUGUGUUUUUGUCUACUUCUUGAAAUAAAUGGAAUGAAAUAAGAUUUUUGAGGAUAUAUGAAGAUCAUGACAUGAUUUGUAUCUGUGAAUUAUUAAUCACUUUUUAAGAUGUAAUUAUAAGGCCAAACAAAGUGAUUAUGUGUAUCUGCCUUAUUUAUAGAGCAAAAUAAAUCUAUCAUUGAAAGCC